AUGGAAAGUGAAUGCAAAGCCCAUCCUCCCAAUGUUUUGUCUUCAUAUCCUACACCAAAUGAAGACAAAUUUCUACAGAAGAAUCCUCCUGUGAAAUCUGAACAGCAGCAACUUCCUUAUGCUACCAGUUCGAACCAAAAGGCUUUGUGUUCUAAAAACAUGAAGAAGACGGCAAGUUCAGAAGAGGAGAUUGGAGUUUUCAGAGCUGAAAGGUACUAUGGCAUGAAACUGGAAGAUGAAAGCACAAGAGUUGUUGAGAAUUGUGGUAGCAACUAUGCAAAGAAGAAAGAACAACGACCUGAUGUGCAAUAUAGGAGACAAAAGAGCAGAUCAGGAACUUCAAGUGUGACUUCUGAAUCAAGUUGGAAUAGCCAAGCUGCUUUAUUUCCAAGUUUUUUGAGAAAUUCAUCUCAAAACAUCCAAAACAAGACAAAAGGAAGAAGCCUGUUGGUUAGCCUUACCUGCAACAGGUCUUGUUCUGAUAAAAAGUCUAUUCUUGUCCAUAGGAAUUUUCAAGGACAAAAAGGAUUGCAAGGGAAUGAUGUCAAAAAAGAAGCUACCAGGAAUGAACAAAAUCAUAUCAUCAUGGAUGGUAGAAUGAAGUUUCAAACAGCUACUAUGGUGAAACACAAACCAAAAAGUUCAAUUUCUGGUGUGACAACAAGAGAAGAGGAGUUGGUAUUUCCAAUUUCAAACUCUCAAUUGCAAAAUCUUUCAAAGAUUCAGGAUGAAGAUCCAAGAAAAUCCAUUGAAGUAUUUGGCUCAAACAAGUUGGAUAAGAAAGACUUGGUGGCUAAGAAUCUAGAGAAGAAAUUGUCUGUUCUAAAAUGGGAUGCCAUUCCAAAAGCUAAGGCCACUCAAACUGCUCCAAGAAGCGAUCAAAUGAUUGAAGAUAUAGGGAGCGAUGCAAGUUCCGAUCUGUUCGAGAUCGAAAACAUAUCUGGAAUCAAUGGAAAGCCAUUCACAAGAAAUACUUCGGAUGUUAUAUCAAGCUCCAUGACAGCUUAUGAGCCAAGUGAAGCCAGUAUUGAAUGGAGUGCAGUCACCGCUAGUGCAGCUGAUUUCUCAUCUGUUGCAGACUAUGAUGAAAAGAAAGUCACAGCCAGGACUAAAACCACACAACUGGAGAAGGAUUUGCAUAAAAGUCACCAUAGUGGACUGUUAGGCUGUAAAAGUUAUAAGGCAGUUAGCAUAGCUGAAACUUCAUACAGAAAUAUUGAGAAGUUGAAUUCUGAUUCUAGACGUUUCCCAAGAUUGGACUCGACCAUGAUCGCUACUAAUGCAACAGGCUGA